UUGGCCUAGAAAUCUUUCAAGAUGAACAUUUUAAGCUAAGCAUUGUAGCAAGUCGAGAAAGGGAAAAGUGGAAAACAGAAUUCAAAAGGGGAAACAAAUUGGCGGGUGAAUGAAGGAUGGACCAAAACCAACACUUUUUCAUUUCAAAUUCAAAGCGUUAACGGAUCGAAUUAGCGAUUCUGCGUUCCUCACAGUACCACUUUCCAUUUCCAUAGUUUCAACUUAUCUUUCAUCAUGUGUGGGUGGUUCUGAUCAGUACAUGAAUUAAUUGGCAACAUUGAAUGCAUCCAACCACUCAGUGCCCAUCGAAUUCAAUUCCGAUCAGUGCAGUCCACUUUCUCUGAUCAUCGCAGUCUUUCCGUAGUAACUAUUGCUAUAAUGCUAUUUAUUUCACUUCACAUUCUCCUUCUCUCCUACACACGGUUUCUGUGUUUCACAUUUUUAUUUAUUUUUCAAUUCGAUUCUUCUAAGUGAAACCAUGCUUGCUUAUCUUAUGUUAUGUUCAAUGUUCAAUUAAUUAUUCGAGGCCCACACUCUCCCUUCCAUUUGAAACCCGGUCGGUCCCUGGUGUUACGUUGUGUACUGUGUAGUAAAUACUACUAUAUGAUAGUAUUGAUAGAUAGAUAGAAGAAGAAUGCAAGAGGGUUUCUAGAAUAGCUAAGAAUUAAUGAUGGGUGAGUUUCACUUUCAUAAUGUAUUUGGCAACGACGGUGAUGCACAAGUGGGUGCAAAUUCUAGAGCACACAGGCGCUCUAACAGUGCUUCUGACAGGAACCUGAAAUUCUCAAGGGGUGGAGUUUUGCGUCCUAUAGAGAAAGACGAGCAUGAAUCUCUUGCUUCACCACCUUCGGUGAGGGCUUCUAGGUUAUCAAGUCCAUUACACGACAACCUCACCAGUAACAAGAAAACCUUUUCAAAACCUAGAGCAUCCUUGGAAAAAGAUGUUGAACAGCUACAGCUACGCCUACAGCAGGAAAAAUCUAUGCGUAUUCUGCUCGAGAGAGCAAUGGGUCGUGCCUCAAGUACUUUAUCACCUGGACACAGACACUUUGCAGCUCAGACAAAAGAUUUAAUUGCUGAAAUUGAGUUACUUGAAGAAGAAGUUACAAGCCGUGAGCAACAUGUGCUUGCCAUGUACAGAAAUAUUUUUGAACAUUGUGUAAGCUGGCCACCUUCUGAACAAAAUUCUGGCGUGGCUUCACCUGCUCAUCCAAGGCAUGAAUCCAGGAAGCAUCCAAGUAUAAUUUCAAGUGCUUUCUGUUCAUCAAAAAAGUUUCCCUUGCGACCCUUGCAAACUUUGAUUUAUAAUAAUGACUUGAAGAAUAGAAUUUUUGGGUCAAGUUAUGCUCCUUUAUCAUGUGGCAAGGGCAAAGUUUAUUUUGGAAAGACUUGUCCUAAUUCCACCAAGGUUAAUGAGAAGUUUUCCACAAAGGAGAAAACUCCAGCAUUGCGAACUUUAAAAGAUCAUCUAAACCAGUGCCCAAACAGGCUUUCUGAGGAGAUGGUGAAGUGUAUGGCAACUGUAUAUUGCUGGCUCCGUAGUGCAACCUCUGUAAAUACUGAAAAAAGUAGAUCACCUUUAUUAUCAAGGUCAUCCACUCAUGCUGUACAGCCAAGACAUGGUUUUGGGAAUGAUCGAGACUGUUCUUGCAAAUCAGUAGUGGAAAUAUCUUGGAUAGCUACUCGUAAACGUCAUUCUUCUCAUGCUUCUUACGCCAUUGACAACUACAGAGUACUGGUGGAACAACUUGAAAGGGUGAAUAUCAGUCAAAUGGAAAGUGAUGGACAAAUUGCGUUCUGGAUCAAUGUGCAUAAUGCUCUUGUGAUGCACGCAUAUUUAGCAUAUGGAAUUCCCCAGGGCUCUCUCAAGAGGCUGGCCUUGUUUCACAAGGCAGCUUACAACAUUGGCGGUCAUAUCAUAAGUGCAAAUGCAAUAGAACAAGCGAUAUUUUGCUUCCGAACACCCCGCAUUGGACGGUGGCUUGAAAGCUUUUUGUCUGCUGCCCUGAGGAAGAAAAAUGGUGAAGAAAAACAGCUUAUCAGCUCAAAAUUGUGUAUUACUGAUUUCCAACCCCUUGUUUGCUUUGCUCUUUGCACUGGGGCAUUGUCAGAUCCUGUGCUAAAAGUCUACACCACAUCAAAUAUAAGAGAACAGCUGAAUAUUGCUAAGAGAGAGUUUCUUCAAGCAAAUGUAGUUGUGAAGAAGUCAAGCAAAGUUUUUCUCCCUAAAUUGGUGGAAAGAUUUUCUAGAGAAGCGUCAAUCAGUUUAGAUGAUCUCCUUGGAUGGGUCAUGGAAAGUGUUGACAAGAAACUGCAUGAUUCAAUACAGAAGUGCCUUGAUCGUAAAUCUAAUAAAAAAUCAUCUCAGAUCAUAGAAUGGCUGCCUUACAGUUCUAGGUUCAGGUACAUGUUCUCGAAGGAUCUAGUAGACAAGCCAUGGUGGGUAUAACAAUAUAACAUCUUACAGCAAUGAAGAGGUUCUUUUUAGGUUGACUGUUAGAAAAAUACGAGGUAGUUAUGGGCUUUCAUAGAAAUUUCUGAGUACAUUUCAACAUAAUGUAAUUUUUGCUUGUGUUAGAUUUCGUACUCUUUUUUUUACCAAGAUUUCGUACUCUUACUAUCUAAAUAUUUUGAUAAAUGUAGCCGCACACCUAACCAUUUGUAUUGACAAACUCUCCUUUAACAUGUAAGUUGUAGAAUAGAAUAAUAAAAGGUAACCAUGGGUAAUUCAUAAAUA